CAGCCCCCGAGGCAGGAGCUGUCAAGCCCGCGGCAGCUGAACCAGCCCGCGGCUCCGCUCCUUCCUUUGUGUGCGCGCGAGCCGGGCUGGGGCGGAGGGAGGAGGGGGAGGUCGCGCUGUCGGUGUGUCUCCCGCCGCCGGUGCCCGUGCAGCUCAGAGUACGGCCGCGGAGGCGGGAGCCCAGCCCGAGGGUGAGCGCAGGGCUGGCGGGGCGGCUCGGGGCCGCCGGCGCGCCCAGGUCCCAGCCGCGCGCGGGGUAGCGCCGACGGCCGUGACGCUCGGCCAGAGCCCCGACCCGCGCGCCCGGCCAGCCGACCCCCGUGCGCCCCGCACUCGCACCUUCCCCUCCCAGGCCCCCCGAGAAAAGCGCGCAAAGGCGCGGAGAGGGACGGAAACCACAAAUAAAUAGCGGCGGCAGCAGCGCGUCAUCUGGUGGAGCAGGAAGUGCAGGCAGAGUCCGGAGGCUCGUGCUUUCUGCGCGUCCCCAGCACUUUGCCAUGGGCUGGGGGCCGCGGAGGCUGCGAGCGGCCGACCCAGGACAGCGGCGGCGGCGCCGGCAGCGCGGCUGAGCGAGCAGCGACGCGCGGGGCGCCCGAGAUGGCUGCGUCCAGCAACUCCAGCCUGUCCGGCUCCUCGGUGUCCUCCGAUGCUGAGGAAUACCAGCCUCCAAUAUGGAAGUCGUACUUGUAUCAGCUACAGCAAGAGGCGCCUCGUCCCAAGAGGAUCGUCUGUUCCCGGGAGGUCAGUACCCAGCUCCUUCCCAUAGCUCUGGUGAAUUGUCAGCACUGUGUUGAUACUGGAGGCGGUGCGGUUUUCACGGGAGCUCAUUCCUGCUCAUGUUUGUCAGAACAUCGCCAAGUUUAACAUCUGCACGUUCUGUAUUUUGAAGCCAGACGUUAUUUUAAAAACACUUGAAAGCUAACUUGGAAUCCGAAUUCUCCUGUCUUGCACCAUUGCAGAGACAGGGGCCAUCUUUGCGCUUCGUGUUUAAGUAACCAAACCAAACCUUAUAGGAAAAGUCGCUGUGUUUUCAUUCUUGGCAACAGCUUAGAAAACGCAUCCCCCAUGCAAGGGCUCCCCAGCCCUCCAAGCUUCCUGGUCCUCCUGCACUCAGAUUUCUUGUUCCUCUGGGUGCCACUUUAGUCAGCCAAUUUCUUUUUGAAAAAUGUUUGUUUUUUUGCAAGUCAGAGUUACAGGGGAAGGAGGCAGGG